AUGUCUUCUAAUAAGCAAGAGUUACAAGAAGUAUUAGAAAGUUGUAUUAUUGAGAAAAUAAUACGUGAAUUAAAUGAAGACGAUUCCACAGAUUCAGAUGCAGAUGAUGAUGACGAAAUUUUUAUUCUUGACUUACUAGCUUUAAAUGAGUCAGGUACUCAAGUAUUAAAACCAAGUACUCCGAUGGUAGCUGCUGAUAUAAACACUCGAGUAAUAGAAAGGUCAAACAUUAUCGUUGAUACUACUACAAGGGAAAGACCAAAUGAUUAUGAUUCAUUAUUGCAUGAAACUAAUGUUCUUCAGCCUAAGGAAAAUACUGGUUUUUUGUUACAUGAUGUUAACUCUGAACUUGAUCCCCGAUAUCAAGAGGAUUUUGAUCAAGAGAACUUAAUGGAUUUGGAAAAAGUGAAGAAAUUAAGACAAGAAAAGAAGAAGCGAAAAAUUUCUGAUGAUCAACCUCAAACUAUUGAUAGAUGGAGUGAUGACGAAACAUAUAAACUAUUGAUUUAUCUGGAAGAUAAUUUCAAUAAAUAUCAGAAGGGAAAAAAAUCUGAAUUUUAUGCUUUGGUUUCUAGAGAUAUUAUUAAAUCAAAAACUGCAGAAAGUAUUAAAGGGCGAUUAAAUAGACUCUUGGAAAAGUAUGGUAAAGUGAAGCAAGAAAACAAUCAAAGUGGAUCAGGACGAGUUGACUGGAAAUGGAUGGAUAUUAUGAAUAAAAUUUUUGGAUGUCGCAAAAAUGUUUCACCUUCAUAUCUUUCAAAUGAAAAAUCAGGUUAUAUCAGUAUCAGUGAUGAAAUGGAUAAUAAUCAAAAUAUAAAGGAUGAGAAAGAUAAUAGAAAGAAAGAAUGA